GCUGUAGAAUUACGUCACCAGUCCUGCUGGUGCCUUCUCCCGUGCACGCUACAUUAUAUGUGGCAGUAGUUCCUCUAUAUGCCUGGCAGCCACUUUGUUUAACGUUUCCUGGCGUUAAAAAACGGCUACCUACUGUUGAAUAAUUAGGCACUUUAUGCAAACCCAUCCCUCCUUCUCAUGAAUAAUACCCUCAGCGUGCUCCCGGUCGCGGUCCAAGGUUGGAGAGCAGCGCUGUGCUGUGUCAGUAAUGUUUUGGCGUGUGUUUUUUGUUAUGAGUCGAUUCUGAAAGCGGUGUGUGUGCUGUCGUGUUUUAGUGAGAGACGAGCGAGAGGGGCUUGGUACGUUUCUCGUGUUUGUUCUGUUUUAUUAUUCAUUUCUGCGCUGUUUUUUUCCCCCCAGUGCCCGGGCGAUGCAUUUGAUUAGGGGAAUUAGGUAGGCAAGGUUAGUGGAGGCGGGCGGUGUGUGUUUUUUUUUUUUUAUUUUUUUUUUCCUCUCUCGAGCCCGGCUUUGAAGAAGUAGAAGCCUCUUUUCAUUCACAACAACCGGGCUCGCUAAAAUAAAGAGAGGAAACGGGAACUGGUGGAAGCAACAAAAAGCAGGAUAUCGGUGGAUUUAUAACUCAGGGAAUGGAAGCUUGGCUGUGGACAGGGAGAGAGAGGAAUCCGGCCAUUCGCUCCUGCAGACCGUGAGGACUGGAGCACCUGAGGUAAGAGUUGACGGUAGCCGUCGAAGACCGGUGCUGCCAUGUUCCGAAACAGCCUGAAGAUGUUGCUUAGCGGUGGCAAGUCCAACCGCAAGAACCGAAACAGCGAUGGUGGGAACGAGGACUCCGCAGAGCACAGGCUGGCUAAUGUAGAUUCUCGACUCAACUGCACCGGGCAAGGUGGCAGCUCGACAGAGAGUGACUGUGCGUUUGAAGGAGACUGCGCGCUGCCCGAAGGCAUGCAGCAUAUCCGCAUCACGGAGGGCAUGUCCAGGUCGCUGCCUUCCUCCCCCCUCCUCGCCCACCAGGCCAUCAGCGUCAGGCUCCAGCCCAUGAAGAAACUCACAGGUGAGUCAAACCAGGAGCUGGGGCCUCCUCCCUCGGUCGAUGAGGCCGCGAACACUCUGAUGACUCGCCUAGGCUUCCUGCUGGGAGAGAAAGUGACCGAGGGACAGAGUGAAGCCCAGUACAGCAUGGAGGAGCAGGAAGAGAACCAGAGCUUGGCGGUCACCCAACAGAUCAGCCCCUGCUCCACUCUGACCAGCAGCACGGCCUCGCCUCCAGCCAACAGCCCCUGCUCAACCAUGCCGCCCAUCACCGUCGGCAACGCUGGGGCCAGGGACUGUACCUAUGGGACAGUCACCAGCCCCACCUCCACACUGGAGAGCAGGGACAGUGGCAUCAUAGCCACCUUGACGAGCUACUCUGAAAAUGUGGAGCGGAGUAAAUACGGGGAGGGAUCGCGGGGGAAUCUGAAGCCCUGGCAAUCCCAGAAAUCAGGCAUGGACUCGUGUCUGUACCGAGUGGAUGAAAACAUGACUGCCUCCACGUACAGCCUGAACAAAAUCCCUGAGCGCAACCUGGAUGCCAUCUCCUUCCAAUCUGUGCAGUCCAUCCCCCUCUAUCUGAUGCCGCGGCCCAACUCCGUUGCUGCUACGAGUUCAGCUCACCUGGAGGACCUGGCUUACCUGGAUGAGCAGAGACACACCCCCCUGCGCACCUCGCUUCGCAUGCCCCGACAAAACCUCGGGGCAGGACGCUUGGGGCAGGACCUGCGAGUUCGGUUUGCUCCCUACCGCCCCCCGGACAUCUCUCUCAAGCCCCUGCUGUUCGAGGUGCCCAGCAUCACCAUGGACUCCUUCUUCAUCGGACGUGACUGGUUGUUCCAGGAGAUCGACAGCCAGCUGCACAGCACCAACGGCAGCACCAACCAUGGUGUGGUCAUCGUGGGCAACAUCGGCUUUGGCAAGACCGCUAUCAUCUCCCGUCUGGUGGCCAUGAGUUGCCAUGGGACACGCAUGAGGCAGAUUGCCUCGGACAGCCCCCACGCCUCCCCCAAACACGGAGAAGGGAACAGGGACCUGCCCUUGAGUCAGCCCCCCUCUGCACACUCCACCCUCAGCAGUGGAAGCUGCCCCGGAACCCCCGAGAUGAGGCGGCGCCAGGAGGAAGCCAUGAGGAGGCUGGCGUCCCAGGUGGUUGCCUACCACUACUGCCAGGCAGACAACGCCUACACCUGCCUGGUGCCCGAGUUCGUCCACAACGUGGCCGCUCUGCUGUGCCGCUCCCCCCAGCUCAUCGCCUACCGCGAGCAGCUCCUGCGAGAGCCCCAUCUCCAGAGCAUGCUGAGCCUGCGCUCCUGCGUGCAGGACCCGCUGGCCUCCUUCAGGAGAGGGGUGCUGGAGCCGCUCGACGCCCUCUACAAAGAGAGAAAGAUAGCAGACGAAGAGUUAAUCAUCCUGAUCGACGGCUUGAAUGAAGCGGAGUUCCACAAGCCGGAUUACGGAGACACUAUUGUAUCCUUCCUGAGCAAAACCAUUGGAAAAUUCCCCCCCUGGCUGAAACUGAUAGUUACCGUCAGGACCACACUGCAGGAAAUCACCAAACUGCUUCCCUUCCACCGAGUCUCCCUGGACCGCUUGGAGGAGAACGAGGGCAUCGACCAAGACCUGCAAGCGUACAUCCUCCACCGCAUCCAGAGCAGCCCCGAGAUCCAGAAUAACAUCUCCCUCAACGGCAAGAUGGACAACACCACCUUCGGCAAGCUGAGCGCCCACCUCAAGACACUCAGCCAGGGCUCCUGCCUCUACCUGAAGCUCACCUUUGACCUCAUCGAGAAGGGCUACCUGGUCCUCAAGAGCUCCAGCUACAAGGUGGUGCCGGUGUCCCUGGCCGAGGUGUACCUGCUGCAGUGCAACAUGAAGUUCCCCACGCAGUCUUCUUUCGAGCGCGUGCUGCCGGGGCUCAACGUGGCCGUGGCUUCUCUGCACCCGCUCACCGACGAGCAGAUCUACCAGGCGGUCAACGCGGGCUCCGUCCAGGGCACCCUGGAGUGGGGCGACUUCCAGCAGCGCAUGGAGAACCUGUCCAUGUUCCUGAUCAAGCGGCGGGACGGCACCCGCAUGUUCGUGCACCCCUCCUUCCGGGAGUGGCUCAUCUGGAGGGAGGAGGGCGAGAAGACAAAGUUCCUCUGCGACCCCAGGAGUGGCCACACGCUGCUGGCGUUCUGGUUUUCCCGGCAGGAGGGCAAACUGAACCGACAACAAACCAUCGAACUGGGCCACCACAUCCUUAAAGCACACAUCUUCAAGGGCUUGAGUAAGAAAGUGGGGGUGUCCUCAUCUAUUCUGCAAGGGCUCUGGGUGUCGUACAGCACAGAGGGUCUCUCUGCUGCACUGGCCUCACUCCGAAACCUCUACACUCCCAACAUAAAGGUGAGCAGGCUGCUGAUCCUGGGCGGAGCCAACAUAAACUAUCGGACGGAGGUGCUGAACAACGCUCCUAUCCUGUGUGCCCACGCCCACCUGGGGUACAUGGACACGGUGGGGCUGCUGCUGGAGUUCGGUGCCAGCGUGGACUGCAGCUCCGAGAUCGGGCUGACCCCGCUGGGCUACGCUGCGGCGGCCGGUCAUCUGUCCAUCGUCAACGCGCUGUGCCGCCGCCGAGCCAAGAUGGAUCACUUGGACAAGAACGGGCAGUGCGCCCUGGUCCACGCGGCUCUGCGGGGGCAUCUGGAGGUAGUUCAGUACCUGAUUCAGUGCGACUGGACGAUGGGCGGCCAGCAGCAGGGCGUAUUUACCAAAAGCCACGCUGUCCAGCAAGCUCUCAUUGCAGCGGCCAGCAUGGGCUACACAGAGAUUGUCUCCUACCUGCUUGACCUCCCUGAGAAGGAUGAAGAGGAGGUGGAACGCGCUCAAAUCAACAGCUUCGAUACCCUGUGGGGAGAGACAGCUCUGACUGCAGCGGCGGGCCGGGGAAAGCUCGAUGUGUGCAGGCUGCUGCUGGAGCAGGGGGCCGCUGUGUCUCAAUCUAACCGCCGUGGGAUUGUGCCUCUGUUCAGCGCCGUGCGGCAGGGACACUGGCAGAUUGUGGAGCUCUUGCUCACGCACGGGGCGGACGUCAACAUGGCUGACAAGCAGGGCCGGACCUCUCUCAUGAUGGCUGCUUCAGAAGGGCAUCUGGGGACCGUGGAGUUCCUGCUCGCACAGGGAGCCUCCCUGUCUCUGAUGGACAAGGAGGGCUUGACCGCUGUGAGCUGGGCCUCCCUGAAGGGUCACCUGACCGUGGUGCGCUCCCUGGUGGAGAGAGGGGCUGCCACUGACCACACCGACAAGAACGGGCGCACACCGCUGGACCUCGCUGCCUUUUACGGGGAUGCGGAGGUGGUCCAGUUCCUGGUGGAUCACGGAGCCAUGAUUGAACACGUGGACUACAGCGGCAUGCGGCCACUAGACCGGGCAGUGGGCUGCCGAAACACCUCUGUGGUGGUCACUCUGCUGAAGAAGGGAGCCAAGAUAGGUCCUGCCACCUGGGCGAUGGCUACCUCCAAGCCAGACAUCAUGAUGAUCCUGCUCAGCAAGCUGAUUGAGGAGGGGGAUUCCUUCUACAAGAGGGGGAAGGUGAAGGAAGCAGCCCAACGUUACCAGUACGCCCUGAAGAAGUUCCCUCGAGAGGGCUUCAGCGAGGACCUCAAGACCUUCCGAGAGCUCAAGGUGUCCCUGCUCCUGAACCUGUCCCGCUGCCGUCGGAAAAUGAACGACUUUGGGAUGGCUGAGGAGUUUGCCACCAAGGCGCUAGAGUUGAAACCAAAAUCCUACGAGGCCUAUUACGCAAGAGCCCGGGCCAAACGCAGCAGCAGGCAGUUCCCCGCAGCCCUGGAGGACCUGAAUGAGGCCAUGAAGCAGUCUCCCAACAACCGGGAGAUCCAGCGGCUGCUGCAGCGUGUGGAGGAGGAGUGCCGGCAGAUGACAGAGCUGGAGCAGGAGCAGGAGCAGGAGCCGGAGCAGGAGCCGGAGCAGCCCCCUUCUCCCCCUGCCUCGCCUCCCCCUCCUCCCCCUGAGCCGCGGCUGGAGGACAUGGAGCCGGUGCAGGACCUCUUCGACGAGGAUUACCUGGAACAGGACCUACAGAACGAGUCUCUGCCCAUCAUCCAGAGCCCUCCACCCUCCCCGGCAUACCCCUCGGGCAGCUCCCCCCUGGGGCAAUCCUUCGACUUCCGGUCCGGCCCGCCUUCCGUGGCAUCCCCGACCUGCUACAGCUACCAGCAUUCCACCUCCCCCACCCUCUCGCCCACCCACCAGAACUCGCACUACCGGCCCAGCCUGCCGCACAUCUCCCCGGCCCACCAGGGCUCCUCCUACCGAUUCAGCCCCCCUCCGCCCUUGGGCAGCCAGGGCAAAGACUACCAGAGCCCGCCCCCUUCCCCGCUGCGCAGACCUCAGUAUAGGGCCAGCCCGCCAGCCGACAGCAUCUGCCUUUACCGGCCCCAGUCUGGUUCCCCCGUCCGCUACCAGCAGGACCAUUUGCCGGGGAGACCCAAGUCUCCGCUUUCCAAGAUGAGCCAGAGAUCCUUCCAGCUGACCUCCCAAUGCUCCCAGACCUCACAGCACCAACAGCAGCCAGGCCUGAGGCUGCAUCCGGCCAAAGCCCAGAUCGUGCGCACCAACCAGCCCAGUUCUGCCGUGCACUCCAAUGCGGUGAUGGGAGGAGGAGGUCCCUAUGGGCAGCUGGCUCACCCCAUCAGCAGCCGCUACCAGGGAGGCUCGGUGGACGUGGAGAGCCGUCUGGUCUACCAGCCCUCCCUCGAAGGCAGGCCCAUGCAGCAGGUGCAGGCCAGCCUGAGCGCGGGGGCUCUCUGUCAGCACGGCGGACGAGGGGGAGUGGAAUCCGGUUUGGCUAAAGAAGAUCUCCCUCAGCGUCCGUCCUCGGCCUAUCGAGGGGGAGGGGUGCGCUACAGUCAGACGCCCCAAAUCAGCCGCAGCCAGUCGGCUGCCUACUACCCGGUCUCCUCCAAGCAUGAGCUGGAGCGCUCAGCUGGUUUGCCCCAGAGCCAGCUGGGUUCCCCGGAGAUCCCCCAUUUAGUCCGCCGACCUGUCAGUGCCAACCCUGCCGAGAUCAAGCCCCACCCUCCAACCCCAAGGCCCCUGAUCCACUCCCAGAGCGUGGGGCUGCGCUUCUCUCCCUCCAGCAGCAGCCUCUCCGCAGGAUCGGCCUGCAACCUGACUCCUGGCUUCCGCCCAUCCACCUCCAUCCAGCAGAUGGAGAUCCCGCUCCUGCCGGCCUACGAGCGCUCCUGUGAGGAUCUCUCGCCCACGCAAGGAGGAGGAGGAGGAGGUGGUGGUGGUGGUGGUUACCAAGGGGAGAACACCCGCUCCAGGACAACCCCCUUCAUGGGCGUCAUUGAUAAGACUGCCCGGACUCAGCAGUACCUCCUCCAACCCUCGCGCCCCUGGGCCGUGUCUUGCCUGGACACGGUAAUCACGAGCCCCACCUCCCCAGGCAACCUGGCUCAACAAGGCAGUGUCUCCUCCUACAGCCCCCCCUCCUCCCUGGGCAACAUCGCCUACUACAACAAGACCAACAACGCCCAGAAUGGCCACCUCAUGGAGGACGAUUAUUACUCCCCGCAGCUGCCCUCAUUCGGGAAACUCGCAAACGGCUCGCGGCCCGGAGGCAACGGGGGAGACGGUCUGGAGCGGGUCAGCCAGGUGCCCACCUACCCUGACGUCAAGGUGGCCCGGACGCUACCCGUAUCCCAGGCUUACCAGGACAGCAUCUACCGGCAGCUCUCCCGAGACCCCCGGCAAGGGCAGACCUCACCCAUCAAACCAAAGAGACCUUUCGUGGAGUCGAACGUGUAGAUGUGCAGUCGGGAGGCAGGGGGGUCUGGGGUGUGGGGGAAAGGGAAACGGGUUAGCAGAGACAGGCUUCCAUGACAACAGUGCAAAAAUAUUACAAUAAAUGCAUAUACAAAUGUAUUUCGGAUAUAACUAUGUAAUUCGCUCAUUUUACAAAGGAGAUUCUGUGGCCUUUUUACUCAAAAGGGAGUGACUAACACUUGAGUACUAGUGGAAAUUCUGGGUUUCAUUGAACUGAACAAUUGUAUCAUUUUUGUUUUCUUUCUUUUUUCUUGUUCAUAGUUUGCAAAGCAAACGCGUUUCUGAGUUGCAUACAAACUUUUAAAGCUGAAAUUCUAUUAAAACUAAACCCCAAAAAGGGUAUAGAUAUUUCUUGUUUUAAAUCCAAUCUUUUAAAAGUGUUUUUUUUUUGUUUUGUUUUUUUGGGGGUUUUUUUAAAGCAAAAUGUGACUUGAUAAUUUAUUCCCAGAAUGUUUGAUCGGAAACCACAACAAACGAAUAAAGAAAUGGUGCUUGUGGUACCACUGCAUCUGCACGAUAGUGCCACAUGGUGGACAAGAAUGGUACUGAUGUCCCAUUUAAAAAAACUUUAUAGCGAUAAUUUGGCAUAGAAAGCCAUUAUCUGUUACUGAUUGACCAGCCUAACCUCCCUCCCCCCGUAUCCCUGUCUGCUAAACUGCAUUGAUAAGAAAGCCAGGUCUCUCACGGCAUAGAUGCUCUGUGUAUAUACUGUUAUAUGGAACCUUGGACUGAUUACCUGACUGAUAAUCUGAAUAGAUUCUGUUCUAUAUUGUAAAUGUUACAGAGGCAUACGACAGACAUGUACUUAAAAACAAACUAAAAAAAAAAAAAAAAAUACAGAAUAUUUAUAAUGAAGUUAUAUAUCAGGUUUUGAUUUGUUAUGCUUUUGUAUGUUUCUUUUGUUCAUCAGAAGAAUUUUUUUUCUUUUUUUUCUGGUAUGGAAAAUGUAAAAAGAGGGGGACAUUCACAUAAUAUUCACAUAAUCGUAUCAUUUCUAUGGUUGAUUUAGACAGAAGCCGGAGCCUUUGUAGGUGUUUCUAUUGGUUGCACAAAAACACCAGACAAAAUGUGGUGAAUAUCAUUUAUCAAAAAAACACAUGCAUUCAGUAAUUCAUCCAAUUCAACAUUAGCACGUCACAUCCAAAAAAUUCGAUUCAGCUUGAUUCAUUGACACUAAAAAGCCCCACCUCCUCCCUAGCUCACCAACCAAUCACACAACAGCAAUUGCAGGUAAUCGCUUUUUGCAUUGUGCAGUUUUUUUUUUUUUUUUUAUGUAUUCAUUUUUUUAAACGUUUGUAGAAAUACAUUCUGUAUGGGACGUUAUGUAUGCGAUAUAGAUAUAUAAUCGAGUUGUAUAACUAUUAUAUCACAUGUGCUUUUGUGCAAAUCUAAUAUGUAUCAUAUAAAUAAGUGUACGUACUUUUAUAACAUGUAUGUAUAUUUAGUGAAUUGCAACACUGUACACUCCCUUACUUUCUUUUGUGCUGUGUAAUCACAAGUAAGUUUGCAAACGUCCCGCCCUGGGUUCAAGGCACUUAUGGAAAAUAGAAUAUUCUGCAAAUAUGGAGACUUUUUCAUUUGCAGCUCAUACAAAAAGAACACACACUGCUAAAAGACAAGAACAUUUCCUUUUAUUUUUUUCUUUCUUUGCUUUGGUUCAUAAGGUUUUCUGCACUAAAGUCUAUGAAACUCUAUGGGUGCACUUUUCCUGUUUUUGAACACUUUUUUUGGUUUCUUCUCUGAUGGAUGGGUAUGGGGUAUGUGUGAGUAAUAAUUGUUCCUUAUUAAUAAUAGAAUAGCAAACUGUUCUUGUCUUUCUGUGUAAUUUUUUUUAUUUUAUUUUAUUUUCCAAGUAAAUACAUGCAUUAAAAAGAAAAGUAACACAAUAAAAAAUUUAAGACGCAUCACCUUUUAUAGCACAAAGUGUAUCUGCUGUAUAUAAUAAUGGCCGAAUGGAUCUGGACAUUUUAUCAAUCGCUCGUAACUUGUAGCACUGCCCCUCCCCAACAGUCUUCUCUGAAAAUGAUUUAACAGAUGCAGAUUUGUAUUGUACGUACAGCAUAAGGUUGUCAGUAACAAUAAGUAUCGUCAGCAGGAAGCGAGGCAAACCAGGGUAUCUGUUAGGUGUUCCGGUCUGGUACUGAACACAGAGAGAUGUGAUGGUCCAGAUUGUGUCUGUGCUAUACCGUACCGUGUGUGGUUAUACUAGUAGACCCUGCUACUCAACUAGGAUUUGCCUGUAAACUAGUUUGUUUUAAUCCAGUUAAGUAAAUUGGUUUCUGCUGUCUUUUGUUCUGGCGGUGAUUUUACCAUAAUACCACUAGCUUUACGUGUAUAUUUCAGAUUUGGGUUUUAAGGUACUGUUCUGUACAUUCCAUGUUUUUUUAAGGAAGACUUUCAAGGCACAACUGAAUGUAGUAUCGCUACCUUUAUUGGCUUAAGGGUGUGUGUGUGUGUUUUGACAUAUUUUGAGGUUUCCCGAUUUUCUCUUGGUUGUCCCCCACCAUUCAAGUUGGGUGCAAUAGCCAUAGGCAAGAUUGUGGUAUAAUUUUCUAAAAUAUGUCUGGGGCUCAUUUUCUAAAUUUAAAUUGAAUUUAUAAAUAGAUGACGUUUUUUGUUCGCCAUGGAUGACUAGAGUCUUAAAAUGCUAGUCAUGAAAGUCGUUAUUACAAUGCAUAUUUUACUAUUGCACUGAACUGUACUAUACGAGGUCAGCUGGCUCCCAGACUUCAGCUCAUACCACUAAGCCUGUCUCCUUUCCUUUAUAAGGGACCAUUAAGUCACUUUGUGUGUGGUGUGCAGAGGGGGUUGGAAAGUACUGUAAAUAUUAGCACAGGGGUUUCAAAAGAUACCUUUUUUCCGUUCAAUUGUAUAUAGUUGUAUUUAUUGGCAUUUUUAACUUGUCAGAAUGUUCUUUUUCAUACCCUAAAGUUUUGUUUUCUAGCUGUUGUGUUAAGUGCUGAGCAUGGCUGGCUUUAAGCCUAGCAUUUACUGUAUGUAGACCACCUUUCCGUUCAAAUAAAAGUCUUUACCUUUCAAAGUUUCAUGUGAUGCCAUACGAGAAACGGAAGAACAGAAAGCCACGUGUAAAUAGCCCUGUAGACUCUGGAGUUGUGGUCAAGACGUCUUUAUAAGCCUUGCAGGCAUUAUUCAAAUUACAACAGGAUUCAUCUUUCCAGAGUUUCAAAGUGGCGUGAAUAAAUUAGCAUUAAGGAAUGUUUCCAUUUAAAUCCAUUGUUAUUUUUUUUCUAAUGUAGAAAACCAGUUUUUGAGCCAAACCGGUCAGUUAACCUGUGGUUGAAAACACAGUACUGCCCGACUGUAUCAUUGUGUGUGUGUGUGUGUGUGUGUGUGU